GAGACAAAACAACCAGUACCGUUCAGCCAUUUUGUGCUCCGGUUCCACACCGUUAAUUUACCUGCAUGCCGGGAGGUUACAGAUGAACGUCAUCCAGGAUGGGGGAUAUUAAGAAUUUCCUUUAUGCUUGGUGUGGAAAAAAGAAACUGACACCUAACUAUGAUGUCCGAGCUGCUGGAAACAAACACAGGCAGAAGUUCAUGUGUGAGGUUCGUGUGGAAGGUUUCAGCUACACUGGAAUGGGAAAUUCUACAAACAAGAAGGAUGCCCAAGCCAAUGCUGCCCGUGACUUCAUCAACUACCUUGUCCGUGUUGGGCAAGUGAACCCCUCUGAAGUUCCCGCCUUAGGGGCAAGUGUACCUGAGCCUGACGAAACUGACGCCAGUGGGGGGUUUGGGACACUUCCUGCAAAUGGUCCUAUUGCUCCACACCUGGUUGUUAAAGCUGAACAAGAGACUGUUGGUGUCGGGUCGAGCUCUGGGCCCAUUCCAGGAGUCACUGGAAUGGGGUAUUCUCACGCCCCCAAUGCCGAGUGGGACCGCGGGGCCAAUCUUAAGGACUAUUACUCAAAGAGAGAAGAGCAGGAGGCACAGGCUACUUUGGAGUCUGAAGAGGUGGAUUUAAAUGCUAGUCUUCAUGGGAACUGGACUUUGGAGAAUGCAAAAGCUCGCCUCAACCAGUUCUUUCAGAAGGAGAAGAACCAGACCGACUACAAGUACAACCAAGUUGGGCCUGAACACAACAGGAGUUUUAUUGCUGAAAUGAGUAUUUUUGUAAGACAGCUGGGUAGAAAGAUCUUCGCCCGUGAGCACGGCUCCAACAAGAAGCUGGCGGCGCAGUCCUGCUCCCUGUCCAUCGUGCGCCAGCUUUACCAUCUCGGGGUGAUCGAGGCCUACACGGGCCAGUCCAAGAAGAAGGAGGGCGAGGCGCUGGAGCCGUUUGAAGUCAACGUGGCCGACGACUUGCAGAGGCAGCUGCAGAGUGUGGCCCAGGAGCUGGGGAUUACCGUUCCUCCCCCCGACCCCAGUGCUCCUGUAUCUCUGGUCCAGCCUAAAAUGGCCCACUUUGAGCCGUCGCAGAAGCAGAGCAUGGCUGGGGUGGUGCCUUGGUCUCCCCCGCAGGUCAACUGGAACCCCUGGACGAGCGCCAACAUCGAUGAGGGCCCUCUGGCCUUUUGCACUCCAGAGCAGAUCAGUUCAGACCUCCAAAAUGAACUGAUGUAUCAACUGAAAGAGGAUCCGAACCUGCAAAAGAUAAUCGAGGAGCGGGAUCAGCUGCCGGUGAAGGAGUUUGAGGAUGAGAUCCUGAGGGCCAUAAGCAGCAGCGCGGUGGUGAUCAUACGCGGAGCCACCGGCUGCGGGAAGACCACCCAGGUGCCCCAGUACAUCCUGGACCGGUUCAUCAAGUCCGGGAGCGCGUCCGACUGCAACAUCGUCGUCACCCAGCCCCGGCGGAUCAGCGCGGUGUCUGUGGCGGAGCGCGUGUCCUUUGAGAGGGCGGAGGACGUGGGGAAGAGCUGCGGCUACAGCGUGAGGUUCGAGUCCGUCCUCCCCAGACCCCACGCCAGCAUCCUCUUCUGCACCGUGGGCGUUCUUCUGAGGAAGUUGGAGUCUGGCAUCCGGGGAAUUAGCCAUGUGAUUGUGGAUGAAAUUCAUGAGAGGGACAUCAACACGGACUUUCUCAUGGUGGUUCUGCGGGACGUGGUCCAGGCAUACCCAGAGGUCCGCAUCAUCCUCAUGUCCGCCACCAUCGACACCACCAUGUUCCGGGAGUACUUCUUCAACUGCCCUGUCAUCGAAGUCUUCGGCCGUACGUUUCCAGUGCAAGAGUACUUCCUGGAGGACUGCAUUCAGAUGACCAAGUUCAUUCCGCCACCGUCGGACAAAAAGAGAAAGGACAAGGAUGACGGGGAGGGCGGAGACGGAGAGGAGGACACUAACUGCAACACCAUUUGCGGGGCUGAGUACGGCCCCCAGACCAAGAGCUCCAUGGGGCUAUUGAACGAGGAGGAGACGUCCUUCGAGCUGAUUGAGGCGCUGCUCAGGUACAUUGAGACGCUGGGAGUGCACGGAGCCGUGCUGGUGUUCCUGCCUGGCUGGAACCUCAUCUACUCCAUGCAGAAGUACCUGGAGAUGAACCCUCACUUCAGCAGUCAGCGGUACAAAAUUCUUCCGCUUCAUUCCCAAAUUCCCAGAGAAGAGCAGCGGCGGGUGUUUGAGCCCAUGCCUGACAACAUCACUAAAGUUAUCCUGUCCACAAAUAUUGCUGAGACCAGUAUUACCAUCAACGACGUUGUUUAUGUCAUCGACUCCUGCAAGCAGAAGGUGAAGCUUUUCACGUCUCACAACAACAUGACGAACUACUCCACCGUCUGGGCGUCCAAGACCAACCUGGAGCAGAGGAAGGGACGUGCCGGCCGAGUGCGCCCCGGGUUCUGCUUCCACCUGUGCAGCCGGGCUCGCUUCGACAAGCUGGAGACCCACAUGACGCCGGAGAUCUUCCGCACCCCUCUGCACGAAAUCGCCCUGAGCAUUAAACUGCUGCGCCUGGGCGCCAUCGGCCAUUUCCUGUCCAAGGCCAUCGAGCCCCCUCCCCUGGACGCGGUCAUCGAGGCCGAGCACACGCUGAGAGAACUGGACGCGCUGGACUCCAGUGACGAGCUGACUCCUCUGGGUCGAAUCCUGGCCAAGAUGCCCAUCGAACCGCGGCUGGGCAAGAUGAUGAUUAUGGGCUGCAUCUUCAAUGUUGGGGAUGCCGUGUGCACCAUCUCGGCUGCUUCCUGUUUCCCCGAGCCAUUUCUGAACGAGGGCAAGCGCCUGGGAUUUGUCCACAGGAACUUUGCGGGAACGCGCUUCUCUGACCACGUGGCUCUUCUCUCAGUCUUCCAGGCCUGGGAUGAUGCGCGAAUGGGGGGCGAAAACGCGGAGAUCUCCUUCUGCGAGCACAAACGGCUCAACAUGUCCACCCUCCGCAUGACCUGGGAGGCCAAAGUGCAGCUCAAAGACAUUCUGGUCAACUCCGGAUUCCCUGAAGAAUGUCUGAUGACGCAAAUGUUCAACAGUGUCGGGCCGGACAACAACCUGGACGUGGUCAUCUCUCUCCUGGCCUUUGGCUCUUACCCCAACGUGUGCUACCACAAGGAGAAGAGGAAGAUUCUCACCACAGAGGGCCGCAACGCCCUCAUCCACAAAUCCUCCGUCAACUGCCCCUUCACCAGCCACGACUUGAAGUACCCUUCGCCAUUCUUCGUCUUUGGGGAGAAGAUCCGGACUCGAGCCAUCUCUGCUAAAGGAAUGACUUUAGUCAGCCCGCUGCAGCUGCUGCUGUUUGCUUCAAAGAAAAUCAUGUCAGACGGUGACGUGGUAACACUGGACGACUGGAUCAAGCUGAAGAUUAACCACAAUGUGGCAGGCUGCAUAGCUGGCCUGAGAGCUGGAAUAGAGGCUCUGGUUGUGGAGGUGACCAAAGACCCAGAGUACAUCAAUCAGAUGGACCCAGUGAACGUGCGCAUGCUCAAUCUCAUCCGACUCAUCUCCAAGCCCUCAGCAGCCGGCCUCAACCUGAUGGUCAACAACCAGCGGUUUGGCGAUGGUCCACGACCUCCCAAGAUGCCGAGAUUUGAUGGAGGAGGUGGCGGAUUCCAGGGGCGUGGAGGUUAUCGUGGCGGAGGUGGCCAGGGGUACCAAGGAGGUGGAGGAGGAUACAGAGGUGGUGGAGGAGGAUACAGAGGAGGUGGUGGAGGUGGUUACAGGGGUGGUGGAGGCUAUGGGGGUGGUGGGGGAGGGUACAGAGGAGGUGGAGGCUAUGGGGGUGGUGGGGGAGGUUAUGGAGGUGGUGGGGGAGGAUACAGAGGAGGUGGUGGAGGAGGUUACAGGGGAGCUGGAGGCUAUGGGGGUGGUGGUGGAGGCAGGGGUGGUUAUGGAGGUGCAGACAGAGGUGGAUUUUAGUAUGGAAAAAAAAAAAUAGGGCUUUUCACAAUGUGUGUCAUUUAUUAUGAUUUAAUAGAUAUGUUGGACGGUCAGAAGUUUGUCUAUUUUGAUGAGGUGUAAACUCUGUACACUGAUCUUAGUUAUUCAUCUCACAUACUUUUUAAGCUUUUCCUCAUCUGUUGCUAAUAACAUGCUCUUUUGUGUUAUUUGGAUAAGUCCUAUUCAAGCACAACUGAAACUGAUGGAAAGUACUCCUAAUUUGACCUGUUAAAUUGAGGUCAUGUACUGUGUUUUGAAUUCUCUUUUCUCUUUAAUUUCUGGAAAACUGCAAGGUUCAGUUAAUCUGGGUUUAAAAUGAAAAUGUAAAAAUUACUUUCUUUUCAACCAAAGUUGUGCAUUUUUACAAUUAAAUUGUAAGUGGUGUCUCUUGUCGGAUGAUUGACGUUAUUGAAGUAUGAAUGUGUGGAUGUUUUUAUGAGCGAUGUUGUGUGCAAGUUUAUUUCAAACUGCUUUCCAAUAAAGGUCUGUGGGUAGUAAGAAUAAGUGUGGUUGUAAAGGUACCACUAUGAAAAAAAUGUAUUUUGAAUAAAUGAGAUUCUGUUCCAUAAA